AUGGGGGUCACCGCCUUGUGGGACACAAUCCGGCGACAUGAGCAGAGCGUUCCACUUGCCCAGCUCGCUGAAGAUCAUCACCGGCGCUAUGGCAGACCACUUCGAAUCGCCGUCGACGAGGCGGAUUGGCGCUUCAACAACCUGACGGCCCAGCAGGUCUAUAUAAUCCGCGAGACCUCGAAGGAUCCCGUAUUCCAAGGCAUCGAGAGAGCCAUGGGCCAGGGAAAGAUCAAUUAUGAGGAGAGACGCCUGCUGCAGGAAAUGCUCAGGUAUUUCGGCAUACCGUACCACGAGGCCCCUGGCGAAGCAGAGGCAGAAUGUGCGCGCAUACAGGUGCUUGGCUUGGUCGACGCCGUCUGGUCGCAAGACUCUGAUUGCCUGCUAUUCGGCUGUACCCUCUGGCUGUAUGAUCACCGCGUUGCCAAAGACAAACACAUAGCAGAUCGCUCCAAAGAAAAUACCAAGAAGCAGGGCAAGUACGCAAAUAUGGUGCGGGCAAGCGACUUGAAGCAACGUCAUGGCCUAGAUCGCGAAGGUUAUGUACUGUUUGCCAUGCUCGUUGGUGGAGACUACGACGAGAGAGGUCUGCCGCAGUGUGGACCCGGUAUAGCCCUGCAGGCUGUCCGGCGCGGGCUUGGAAAGAGUCUCUGUGCGUGUCGAGACCAACGAGAGUGUGAUCUCUGGAGUGAAGAGUUGGCCGCGUUCCUGCACAGUACCCCACGCGGGCGAGCCAUCCCUGUACCCCCGCUGUUCCCAGACUACAAAAUCCUGAAAAAGUACUACAGCCCGAAAGUCACCAGUGACGUGGAAUUGCUGGAGAGAUCAAUGCUCAGCCCGGAUUACACUCGCCCUAUUUCCGAGCAUGAGCUUCUGCAGCUUACAAGCGAGCGCUUCAACAUCUGGGGGAGAUUGUAUAUGAAUUGGGUCGGACCGGUCCUUCUAACGCGCAAUCUUAUAGCAAGGGACUCGACUUUGCCCAAGGAAGUGGUGCAUGGCAUUCGGCUCACUAAACAGCGAACAAAGAAGGCGACAGACAUACCGCCGACGCGCACCUUUGAGCGGAAACUCACAUUCUCGCCCUUUGGCGUAACAAAUCUAUGCCGAGAUGACUUUGAAGGGUCAGAACUGGGACACUGGAAUGGAGAUAAAGAGACGCUCUUUGACGAGGGGUAUCGCGUCGAGUGUGAGAUACCAGAAUACUGGCUUCGUAAGGUUCUUCCGGUCGACGUUCUAGAUCCGCCUCCUACAACACCCAAGUCAGCUUCCAAGCGCAAGCGCCGAGCGGAUGAUACAGAGGACGAUGUUGAGAUGUCGAGCAGCAAACGGAAACGCACGACUCCGUCAAAGAGUUCCGGGCGAUCUGCACUUGAACCAGGAGUACUGUCUCAGCCGUCCAAGUCUCCCAGCUCUACAAGGCUUACAACCGUCAUUGAGCUAUCUGACUCGGAAGACGAAAUACACCACCAAGACUCUUCAGCCCCCUCUCCACGAAGACCAUCGCCUUUUGCUACCACCGACUCUAUGACUGGCCCUAGAUUCCCCACUGCAUAUGACCCAGGGCCCCCUGGCCUCUCAAUAGACGGCGAGGAAAUAGGAGAAGAAGAGUACGAAGACAUUCAACUCGCCAUACGUCUCAGUAUGCAAGAUCAAACCGACAGUCCAAUGCCCCCAUCAACCAAAGGCAAAUAUGACGAUAUUUUCGCAAUGCGGGAAUCAGGACGAAAUAUCCAGGGAUCGCCAGUGCCGGCUUGGGAAUUCGAUCCUUCAACAGUUCCUACCUCGUCGUCGAGAGGCCCUCGAGUUCCAAGACUGGGAGUAACAAGUACACAGUCUACCGGGAAUGGCUCUCGAGGAACUCACGCAAAUGCCAGUAGAGUUGAUUCUGUUGAAACGCCGAGUCGACAACUGCCUGCUGCACACGGUGAUAUAGCCGCAGAUUCUGGCGUGCUGGUUGCACAGGGUCAUACUUUUGUUGGUCAAGAAGUAGAGGCUUCUGCCCCUGCUGAACCUUCUCUUGCUGAGAUUCGAGCUGCGCGACUUCGGCGGUUCGCUGUACUUUCUGUUCCUACACCUCCUGUUCCUGCGUCUUCUAUCCCGGCGUCUUCUAUCCCGGCAUCUUCUGUCCCUCCACCUUCUGUCCCUCCACCUUCUGUCCCUCCACCUUCUGUCCCUCCACCUUCUGUCCCUCCACCUUCUGUCCCUGAUGCCAAGAACGCAAGUAACUCGGCUCCCUCGUCCACCCCCACAACUGUUCAUCAUGAAAUCAUUCGCGGCGUUGCAGUCGAGGUUGAAUGUAUCGAUUUGACAGAUGAUUGA